AUGCCGGUAAACGCGACUCCUAAUCCUGAAAAGGUAACUACUCCUUGCAGAGAAGGUUCUCCUACUGAUGGUUCUCCUUGUCCUUCUGCUGACCCAGUACCACUACCUUCUGUUAAACCUGACUCUGAUGAUACCUCUUGCAAGGAUGGUACUGGUGUUACUACUAAAGGUCCCUGUCCUCCUAAUACGAAAAUUGCUCCGGGUGCUGGUGGUGCUGGUAGUGGAACACUUCAUACACCCCAAGGGCCUGCGCCUGGGGGUUAUGGUGGGGAGAGUGAGAAACAGCAUCAGGUUACUUCUCCAGACCCAAAUGAUACUUUGUCUCGGGGAGACUCAGCGGUGAGUCAACCAGUUGUGCAAGGACAAGAAAGUAAAGAUGGACGGCAGGCAAACGGGCAGAAUGGUGACCAGGGGUUGAGAACUGAAGAAUCAACACCAGGUCAAGUGAUCAGUGGAGGUGCUGAUAAGAAUAGCGGAAAUCAACAGCCCGAAGGGAAUGGUUCACAGUCUUCAGAAUCCUCAGGUGUAUCUAAUACAGAUACAAGAGAUUCUCAGAGCAACCAAAGCGAUACAACAGAACAACCUCAAUCUUCGGACAACAACCAAACUUCUCAAGGUCAGAAUGGUGAAGCUGAGAAUACUAAUGAUGCUGCGAAACCUGCAGUGAGUGAAUCAACAAGGACCCAAAAUGAAGAAGGAGCAGGAGGUACAGACACUACCACCACCACCACAACAACAACAACCACAACACUUCCUCCUGAACUCACAAACAACAAGAAGGGUGAUGCAGACAGCAGCAGCAGUAUCAGCAGUUCUGUGUGGGUGCGUGUACCACUAUUGAUUGUGGUUACACUGGCCUGUAUUCUUGUGUGCUGA